AUGACACGUAGCGACAACCGAGGUCGCGGCGGCUCUGGCCGUGGUCGCGGCGGCGGCGGUUGUGGAGGAGGAAAUCGUGUUGGUAAAGGUGGGAAUUACCAACGUCACCAGCACCAUCAGCAGGUUCUAUAUCAAGGUGGUGGUGGUGGUGGUGGAGGAAGAGAAGGGGGUGAUGGCGGAAGAGGAGGGGGUGGGGUUCCUACCCAGAUCGGUGGUCAGCAGCCAGGUAAUUGCCUCGUUCAAAAAGGUCAGAGUGGUGGCGCGUACAGGCCACCACAUCUACGGAGUGGUCAGGGUCUGGGGCCUACAAGGGUACUUACUGGAAACAAGUGA